AUGUCCCGCUAUAUGAAAUAUGGUCUCAGGAUUGGAGUACAAGAAAAUAGUUUAUCUUCUACUGAUACAGUUGAGCUAGCAGUGGUUGCUCUUGUAGGAGGACAGUUUCAGUUUCCUCCUAAUACUGUCCUUGUCAGUGCUGUAUAUGCAAUAUCACUCUCAAAACCUCUCCUCAAACAGCUCAUAUUAGAAAUACAGCACUGUGUUGAUUUAACAGGACAACCAGCUCUUUGUCGUCAUCUCAAUUUUGCUAUAGCUCCUGUGAGCACACCCACUCUUCCUUAUCAGUUCUCUAUAGUUGAGGGAGGGCAGUUUAAACCUGAUAGUUGGUAUGGAUCCAUUCAACGUGAAGAGUUCUGUUUGGUAGCUAUCCUUGGGGAUAAUCAUCGACCCAAAUCAUCAACUAAUGGAGAUGAGUCAGAGGAAGAGGAGGAGGAACAAGCAGAAGAGGAAACUGAGGAGGAAGGGGAAGUUGGUAAUCGUGAUUUAUCCAGUGAUCCUGAUAAGACUAAAGAUCCACCAGGAGCUAGCAGUGGAGGACAAGAAGAGUCUACUAGUAAUGAGGGAGUAGAGGAAGAGGGGAAGACUAGAGGUGAGCCAUUACAUGAGGAAGGAAAUGAACAGCAAGGUAAUCAAAGAGUAGAAGAGUCAAAGAAUCAUGAAGAGCCACAGCAUGAAGGAACAACUGCUCCAAUACCUUGUACUGAGAUUAGUUCUGACAUUAAUAGUAAAGUAGUAGUUUCCACUGGUAUAGUAGAGAAUAUGGUAUAUGCUGGACUGCUUUAUUAUGAGGAGAAAAGAGCGGAAGAUUUGGUGACAUUUGCUGCUGCUAAAGAUCUUAAUGCACUACUUGAAUUUAUCAAAAAAGACUAUCCUCAUGCUGAAAGAGGACAAAAUAUUCUAUUUCGUUUCAAAGGUGAUGGAUAUAUUGAGUUAAAGUUUGAUGCUCUACAAAGUGAGCCAUUCACUGGUUGGAAUAUUAAGCCUCACCUUAAGCCUUGUAGAUUUUUACGUUGUGAUGUUGAUAAGUUCGGUGAAGUCAAUUAUCCUCUUCCUUCCACUUGUCUGGUAUCUGUCUAUGCUUCACCUGGUGCUGUUCCUACACUGCACUAUUCUAUACCACUGGAUGGAGUGGUUGAUCCUAAGACAUUAUUCAUUCACAGAUCACUGAGACCUACUCCUCUUCCUUUAACAAAUACCUCAUACUCCUCUAUUGAAUCAAUGUCUGCAUCAUCCAUUGGAGGAGCUAGCCCAUCAGCUGUUAAUGUCAAUAAAGUAAAGAAAGUGAUCAAUGAUGUUCUUGUAUCUCAUUAUGCUGCACUCAAUUCUCUUAAGACGUCUCUGUCAGAUCUUGCCAGUCAGUUAUAUGCAGCUGGUCUUAUUAGCGAUGAAGUCAGAGAGACUCGUAGCAUGGACAAAUUUAUAACCGAGUUCAAGGCUAGUCUUAGUUUUAAGAGGAAGCUACCUAAAGUGCAGGAGCACUGUCAAAAGUUCUUAAGCUCAUUCAUUGCUGUAAGAGGUAGUUAUUCUGAUGCAGCAGAAGCUUUAGGUGAGGACUGGGUUGAAGCUAUUAGGAAUGAACUGGGGUUUGAUUUUAGUGUUGACAUUGAACAUUGAUGCUUGGUAAUAAUCUUGAUAGAUUUUUGCUUGAUUUACUCACGUGUAUAAUGUUUAAAAUAGUUAUAAAUAUAA